AUGCGAUCGUCCGAUUCAAUUGAAGCUGUACCUCAUCAUCAAGAUAGUGCCAUUCAGGAAAGUUUCACUGAUCCAAUUGGAUAUACUUCACAAUGGUGGACAAAACAUCGAGCACGGCGGCGUUCGCAAUUUAAUACAAAAAUUUUAACUACUACUACUACUACUACUGUUACCGUACCUAUUACUGUUGUUUCCACUACCGUAAUCACACCUACAGUAACAGUCAAUUCUGGUUUUUUAAUAUGA